AUGGCGGAAUCGACUGUUCCUCCGGUCAAUGGGGUCAUCCCAAAUGGCGAGCCCGCCGCCCAGGUAUCUCACAGUACCAACAAUCGCUUCGAGCUCAUCUCGGGUCCCUUGAUCAAUCUGAAGAACAUGCACUAUGAGCCCACCCCGGUCUGGCAUGGCAGUGUGUUGAUUGUCACCAAGCCCGGUCAGGAGCAGCCGCAGCUGCACUUGCGCCCGCUUGGCCCCAUCGCAUCCGACACACAAGCCCAAUCGCAAUCAUCCCAGAAUAUCGAGGGUCUGAAACUCUACCAAGACCCCCAGAAGUCGUUUUGGCGCUUCGACCUGGCGGUGCCGGUCGAUGUCUUUGAGGCGCGCUGGGAAUAUAAUAUCCCAGGUCUGUUCAACGAAUCUGGCGAGCCGGUCCAGACGUCCUGGGACUUUGUCGUCCCGGCCGCCGAUCAAUCCAUGCGCAUGAUGUUUCACUCCUGCAAUGGGUUCUCCGUAGGCACCGACAUGGAUGCCUGGAUUGGCCCGAACCUGUGGCACGAUGUGCUGCGCGUCCACGGGGAGAAGCCCUUCCAUGUCAUGGUCGGUGGUGGUGACCAGAUCUACAACGACGGGAUUCGGGUGGACGGUCCCCUGAAAUCCUGGACGGCUAUCGGUAACCCACACAAGCGCCGCAACCACGACUUCAAUAAUAAGAUGCGCGUGGAGUGCGAUGAGUUCUACUAUGCCAACUACGUUCGCUGGUACAACACUGAGCCCUUUCGUGCAGCCAAUGGGCGCAUUCCGCAGGUCAACAUUUGGGAUGACCACGAUAUUAUCGAUGGAUUCGGCUCGUACACAGACCACUUCAUGAAGUGUGCCGUUUUUCGUGGCAUCGGUGGCGUCGCGUUCAAGUACUACUGCCUGUUUCAGCACCACAUUGCUCCCCCCAAGUCCACCUUCACCACUGAUGCGCCUCAGACCAUGCACGCGGUCAACGGAACGUCUGGCGUUGAUCCUCGUCAGACCGAGAACACCUACGUUCUUGAAAAUCAGGUGCAGGAUGACAGCUGGAUUGUGGGCAAGCGCCCUGGCCCUUACGUGGAGGAGCGCAGUCGCAGUCUGUACAUGCGUUUCGGCAAGCGCAUUGCUUUCGUGGGCCUAGACGCUCGCACAGAGCGAACCAGGCACCAGGUGAACUAUGAGGAUACCUAUAACUUGAUUUUCUCGCGGCUACAAGAGGAGAUCGAAGCUGCCGACGGCGAUAUCAAGCACCUGGUGGUCUUACUGGGCGUGCCCAUCGCCUAUCCACGUCUAGCCUGGCUUGAAAACAUCCUGACUUCUCCAAUCAUCGCCCCCAUCCGUCUGCUCAACAAGCGCUUUGGAGUUGCGGGCGGCCUGUUCAAUGAGUUCGACGGCCAGGUCGAUCUGCUGGACGAUCUGGACGACCACUACACGGCACGGCAGCACAAGCGCGAGCGUAAGAUGCUCGUCAACCGCCUGCAAGAGUUUGCGCGGGCACACUCAGUGCGCGUGACCAUCCUCGGCGGUGAUGUCCAUCUCGCCGCCGUCGGCCGGUUCUACUCGAACCCGAAGCUCAACCUGGCCGGAGAAAAUGACCACCGCUUCAUCGUGAACGUGAUUAGCAGCGCCAUCACCAACAAGCCUCCGCCCAAGGCCGUGGCCAACCUGCUGGCCCGUCGCAACAAGAUCCACCACCUUGAUCGUCACUGCGACGAGACGCUCAUGUCGUUCUUCGACAAACAGCCAGGUGGGAAUGAGAAGAGCGCCUCGUGGAACACGGUCACCAUGCCGUCGCGUAACUUCGCCACGCUGACCGAAGUCGUUGCGCCCGCAACGAACGGCAAUGCCCCCACCGUGAGUGCCAAACUCGAUCACCUGCCUAAAGACGGCCAUUCCCCGCUGCACAAGGGCGAAGUCGACGUCGGGACGGUUCAUCCUGCAGCGGAUGGCUUCAGCACCAAUAGCGGCAUGUACGGUGGUCUAGACGUGGCCAUCCGCGUCGAGAUCGACCCGCAAGACCGACAGGGAACCACGGAGGGCUAUGGAUUUAGCAUCCCCCCUCUUGUGGCCACAGAAGGUCCACCGGCCUCGUCGCGACUCAGCCUGCGCUCGCGCGUAUCGCGUCAAAACUCGCGCUCUGAGACCGCGGGACGCCCAUCGACUGCCCACUAA